AUGAUGUUGAUGGCUGGAGUUGACCAGAAAGUUUGCAUUGAUCUCAACUCUGCAGCUUCUGGUGACGAAAAAUCCAAACCCUUCCCAAUUGACUGCGGUCAACUUUUGCCCAAUUCAGCCAUAAUUUUUGAUAAAGAAGAAGGAUCUCAGCUGAACCUCGUAGGAAAGAGUAAAGGAAAAUCUGCGUAUCGGUCUAUCAUCAACCCUGAUUGGGACUUCCAGAAGAUGGGAAUUGGUGGACUGGAUAAGGAGUUUUCAGGAAUCUUCCGUCGCGCCUUUGCUUCACGAGUCUUCCCUCCUGAAUUCAUUGAGCAACUAGGGAUGAAGCACGUGCGUGGUAUUCUCCUUUUUGGCCCUCCUGGUACUGGUAAGACGUUGAUGGCUCGCCAGAUUGGCAAAAUGUUGAAUGCCAGAGAGCCGAAAAUCGUCAAUGGUCCACAGAUAUUGGACAAGUACGUUGGUGAGUCAGAAUCGAAUGUAAGGAAACUGUUUGCGGAUGCUGAGGAGGAGUGGAGAAGAUGCGGAUCUAAUUCUGGCCUUCACAUCAUCAUCUUUGACGAAAUUGAUGCCAUCUGCAAGCAAAGAGGUUCUAUGGCUGGAUCCUCAUCAGUCCACGAUACUGUAGUAAACCAGCUUCUGUCAAAGAUGGAUGGUGUUGAACAGCUGAACAACAUCUUGGUCAUAGGUAUGACGAACAGAAAAGACAUGAUUGAUGAAGCCCUGCUUCGACCAGGACGUAUGGAAGUACAAAUGGAAGUCAGCUUACCAGAUGAAUUUGGACGUCUUCAGAUCCUCAAGAUUCACACUUCUAGAAUGCGGGAGUACAAAAAGCUCGAUCCGGACGUGAAUCUGGAAGAUCUGGCUAAGCGCACCAAAAACUUCUCAGGAGCUGAGAUUGAAGGUCUCGUGAGAGCAGCUCAAUCAAGUGCCAUGAAUCGUCUUGUCAAAGCUGGAGGAAAGGUACUGGAAGUUUUUAGAGUUUUCAGAGUGCACCAGUUUGCGUUCACCGUAGUUGUCAUCUUUCUUCGAGUAUCACUCUGGCAAAUCAUAGGAUUGUUAGCGUAAUA